AUGUAUAACGGACAGUCAAUAUAUCGCAUAAUAAAAACACAUAUAAGUAGGCUAUUCUCUCGGACUUCCUCGCGCUUGCCAGAAACCACCAUGUCGCUGUAUCCAUCAUUGGAGGACAUGAAGGUGGAUCAAUUUAUACAGGCUCGAAGUACUUACUCCGCCAGUCCAAGCAAGACACCUGCUCUACUUGCUGUACAGGAUGCUCCAAAUCCAAAUCCUGUGGAGGAAGAAACGAGACUCUACCCCAAACUGUACCCUGAGCUCUCAGAGUUCAUGGGGCUGAACCUCAGUGAGGAUGCACUUCGCCAGGCGCUGUCCAUGGUACCAGCAGAAGACUACUCUGGGGCAGUGGCUCCCAGGACUUCCGCGCUGAGCUACAUGAGCGCUCCGAUCACAGGGAAUGACUGUGGCAUCCGCAGGGCUGAGAUAAGGCAAGGCAUCAGGGAGGUCAUCCUCUGCAAGGACAGCGACGGCAAGAUCGGACUGCGCCUCAAAUCUGUGGACAAUGGUGUGUUUGUUCAGCUGGUACAGGCGAACACUGCCGCGGCAUUGGGCGGCCUGCGCUUUGGAGAUCAGGUGCUGCAGAUAAACGGGGAGAACUGCGCUGGGUGGAGCACGGACAAGGCCCACAAGGUGCUGAAGAACGCCAGCGCCGAGAGGAUAGCCUUUGUGGUACGGGACAGGCCAUUUGAGCGCACCAUCACCCUGCACAAAGACAUCAACGGCCAAUUGGGUUUCAUCUUUAAGAAGGGGAAGAUCACCUUUAUCGUGAAGGACAGUUCUGCUGCCCGCAACGGCCUCCUGACUGAUCACCACAUUUGUGAAGUCAAUGGGCAGAAUGUCAUUGGACUUAAGGAUCCCCAGAUUACAGACAUCUUGAACUCCGCUGGUGGAGUGAUAACUGUCACUGUGACACCCACCAUCAUCUUUGAGCACAUGACGAAAAAGAUGUCUUCCAGCAUUGUGAAGAGCCUAAUGGAUCACUCUAUCCCGGAGGUGUGA